GCAAGCGGUACAUAAAGCUCCGUACACCGGAAACGAUCGCGUACUUUCUCGGAUUCGAUCACCCACACUUAUAGAGGAUAUAUAUCGCUCAAAUCAUCACUCAAAUCGUAAUAUAAAUAGUCAUGGAUAACAGCAACCCAUCGCCCGAUAAUGCGCUGUGGACACUUCAGGGUCGGGAAAGACCAAGUCCCGCCCAGAGGCUGCACAACCUCACCUCGGCCGCCGCAUCGAACUCAACUGCCGGCCUGCCCCUGCCCCAGAAUAUCUUCACCAACCCAGCCAUCCAGCCGUCCAGCGUUAUCAACCUCAAUCACUCCACCGACGUGGUGAUCGGUCCCAUGACCCAAUACCAGGGACCGGUAUCCAUAUACUAUAUGGACUAUAUGGAGGCACACGCCAUGCAAACGGCGGCAGAUAGCUCCCUUAUAAUGCCGAGUGUUACGAGUGCCAAAAAGUUGUGA